UCAUUCCAAACUCCAGCCUCUCCAGCAAUCGAUCCCCUUCUUCUCCUUCUCCUUUCUCCAGCCAACAAACAUGGUAAAGAAGCAGGAACCCUCCACCCCGGCGGCCGGCGGGACGCCGUGGAAGGGGCGGCUGCGCUCGCGCCACGCGACUCCGCUCAGCUCCCCCUCUCCGUGGAUCCAGUCCCGAUCCAGGAACCGGGACGAGGACGCGGAGGCCUGCAAGUUCAAGAAGCUGGCCGCCCCCACAACCCCGGGGAGAAGCCGAUGCACCCGCGGCGAGAGCGGCGGAGCUGAGGGACGACCUCCGAAGGCUCUCCCACGCCGGUCGGCGCGGCUUACCGGCCGGGAUCCGGAGCACCCUAUUGUGCUCGACGAGGCGGACGAGGAAUGCGAAGUCAGGGGUAACCAAUGGGCGAUUACGCCUGUUCAGAGAUCUACACGGUUCCAACGAGGUGAUAAGAGUGUGAGCAAGCCCUUGGUGGAGAAGCAAAGUCACCACAAACUGCUGCCGUUCACACCAAAUCCCCGCGACAUUCCCCAUAAUAGCAAGACUCAAAAUCAAAAUGCUGUUAAGAAAGACAAAAAACUAGAGAAUCCACCAAGGAGUAGCCAGAGAAUUGCUGCAGUAAAAGCUUCUGCAAGGAUGGAAAAACACAAUAAGCUCCAGACAGUGUAUGAAGAUUCCCAAGAUGCUCCUGCCAGGAGAAAGCCUGCAGAUGCAUCUUACAAAAAGAGUGAGAUGCAAGAGCCAAAGCCCAGUCGUGGUGAGGAGCUGACAGGAAAGAGGAAGAGAGGCACCGGAAGAAAGCAGGCAUCAAGGAAGCAAACUCACCAGGAGCACAAAUCUGAUUGUCAAGAAAUUGUACCCAUCACUGAACCCAGAAACAUCAUCCACAAGAAGAGUGAAAAUAAUCCUUCUUCCAUAGUGCAGUCUAAAAUUGGUGAUGAUACACUGAUGAACACCAAGGAAUGCAGUGAAGAGCUAAGUGGGAUUAAAGAAGGGGUACAGCAACAAUGUUGUGCGUCAGAUGAAUGGACAGAAGAGCAGGACACUAUAUUGCGCCAGGCUUACUUCACUGCUCGACCAUCCCCACAUUUCUGGAAGAAAGUUUCUAAAAUGGUGCCAGGCAAAUCUGCCGAAGACUGCUUCAAUAGAGUUCAUGCUGACCUCUCAACGCCCACUCCAAUUGCCCCUCGUCCUCGAAGUAAAACACAGUUCUCUCCUCUAGCACAUUUCACAUUGUCUGAUCCAAAAUUUCCAAACCUCUUGGAACCUCUAGCCGGAAGACCAAGGACUGCCAAACAAAAGAGCCAAUUAGCACAGAAGACAGUGAGACACUUGCUAAAGAAGCAUUCCCUCAUUGACCAAGCUCAAGAGGCUGAUCACUUCUCUAUAUUUGAGACUUCACCAUCUGCUUUACAAUUGAACAUUCCUCUUGACGAUUCUCCUGGGACCCCUGACAAUUAUCUAAAGUCCUUUUCCCUUCACAAGUACAGCGUGAGUUCUUCAGCACGUAAGAGACCGUUGUCAAGGUUGAAAACUAAGCAUGCUGAACCGAGUCCACCAGUACUGAAGCCUCUAAAGAAUACUGUUUUGCACGAGAAGUAUAUUAAUCAGUUGACCCGAAGAGAAGGCGCAAAAAAGCCUCGUAAGAAGGCUGCUGGCACCAAUGCAACUGAUCCUGAGAGGCCUCUUUCGGAGCAGCGAGCUGGUAGUGUGAAGGCUGCAAAGAAUGCUCUCAUUUCAGAAGCAACAGACUUCAUAGGCCAGUUUAAGAAGUUGCAAGCCAAUUCCCUUGCACAUGUUCUGGAAAACAGUGAAGACGACGAGGAUAAUUCGGUGUAGUGUCAUACUAGUGGUUCCAAGCUGCUUUUGGCAUAUAAUACUUGCCCCUCAAUGUUAAAGCAGCUAGAUAGCAUGUUAUCAACUAACUUUAGCUAGUACAAUAAGACUGUAAGAGACUGACGAUAGGUCACGGAAGUUAUCGCUCAGUGCAUUCUGUCAAGGAGGUUAUCAACGCAUUUCUAGCAUAUCAAGGUCAUGGUUAUCACUUAGUAUCACAUACUACAACUUUUGUGUGAAUAAAAGAACGUACAACUCUGUUCGCUUCA